CGUUGGUGUUAAAUCUGACACCUUAGCAACGGUAACUAAGGGGCGGGGCUUAGUGACGUCUCAGCUCUGAAACGACUUCCGUGAUCGCGAGACUUGGUGAGACCGCGAGAACACAGAGUGGCGGCAACAGAAAGUCCGACAACUUCACUACUGGAGCAACAUGAAGGAGGAGAAACGUGACCCGGAUUUCAUUGAACAGAACAAAUUCAAGAGUCGGAUUAAGGAGGAGAAUCAGGAUCCGGAUUUCAUCGAUCAGGAACUCCUCAAGACCGAGAUUAAGGAGGAGAACUGGGACCCGGAUUUCGUUGACCAGGGACUCUACAAGAGCGAGAUUAAGGAAGAGAACCAGGACCCGGAUUUCACUGAACAAGGAAAAUUAAAGACCGAGAUUAAGGAGGAGAACCGGGACCCAGAUUUCAUCGACCAGGAACACAACAAGAUCGGCAUGAGAGAGGAGAAUCAGGACCCGGCCCCCCGGAGCAACGAGCCCGCUGCUCCCGCCGGUCUACAGAAACAUAGACACACAAAGAGUCACCAGGAAAUUCACACUAAAGAUAAGAAGCAUAUCUGUGACCAUUGUGGGAAGACUUUUAAGACUUCAACUACUACCCACCAACGCCUUCACAGUGAAGGGAAACCGUACAGCUGUGAUCAGUGUGGAGGAGCUUUUAAGAUGUUGUUUUAUCUACAAGUUCAACAACACCUUCACAGUGGAGAGAAACCGUACAGCUGUGAUCAGUGUGGAGGAGCUUUUAAGACGGCAGUUUAUCUAAAAGUUCACCGACGUAUUCACACUGGAGAGAAACUGCACAGUUGUGAUCAGUGUGGAAAAGCUUUUACAACAUCUGGUGCUUUAGGAAAACACAAACGUAUUCACAGUGGCGAGAAACGGUACUGUUGUGACCAGUGUGGAGGUCUUUUCUCAUGGUCAUGGAGUCUACGAGACCACCAACGCAUUCACACCGGAGAGAACCCCUACAGCUGUGAGAAAUGUGGAAAAGCUUACAAGUCCUCAAGUAGCUUAAAUAAACACAAACGCACUCACAAUAAAGUGCGACCAUCAAACACCCAACAACAAGCUAUAGUUUUUCCUCAGUCAUAUAUUUUAAUAGGACAACCAUGUAUCAUACUGCAGACAAACCAAACACCUGUGACAAACGUCAAUGUUGAUAUUUGAGGAGAAGAAUCUCAUAGAGAUAUCAGCUGAUGAGACAUGGGUAGGACUUUAAUAAUAUUUCACUGUCAUUUUAUUGUGACAAUGUGCAAUUGCUGAAAAAAUAAACAUGAAGAAAAUUAAUCUGACACCAAAAAUUACAUCCAAAAAACUUGUUUAGUUUUGACACGUUGGCUGUGGAAAUACUUUGUAAUAAAACAUUUCUGGUUCCUUUA